AUGAAAACUUUGAUUAUUUUAGUUGUUCUUUUCUGUGUUGUUGCAACUCUUGCAGCUCCAGACAUCAAAAGAUACAAGCGACGAUCCUCCUCAUCAUCAUCAAGAUCAAGACCUUCGUCAAAGUCGCCAAGUAAGACUCAUACAACUCACCACGAAUCAACCCACCAUGAAUCAACUCACCACGGAUCAAGUACAACUCACCAUGAACCGAGUAAGACUCACACAGCUCACCAUGAAUCAAGUACAGAUCUUCGCGAAUCGAGUAAAGACCGCCAUGAGUCAACUCACGAGGAAUCAAGUCCAUCUCAAUAUAAAUCCAGCUCUAAACCUAAACCUAGUCCACAGCCUUUUAAGCCCAAACCUAUUGGGCCACUACACAAGUCAACAACAUCAACAACAACCCGUAGACCUUCCAGUGUAGUGCAACCUGCUGUCGAAACAACAACACGUCGAUUUGUCGCAACAGGAUGA